UGCGCCUGACUAAUCGAAAACAAUAUAAAAGUGACCGAAAUGUAAAAAAAAAAUACAUACUUUCCAAGACGAUGCGAAUGCUACUAGCACUCUUUCUGGCGUUGCUUGGCACGUCAAAUGUCUACGGAAAUGAUGAUUGCAAUGAAGAUUGCAAGCUGUCGCGAUACCAAAGGGCGCUGGAAAAUGGCCUGGCCGUGUAUUCGGCCCAACAUAAUUACCAAUUACCUGUUAGUCCGAAGAUCAACAGCCGCACAUUUAGCGCCAAUUCUGUACGGAAAAUUUCAAACCUAGUAUGCGGAUUUGCAACACUUUUAAAUCCAAAGUGGAAUUGUACCGAUAAGGAUGAAACACAGGAAGAGGACGAAGCCAGUCGGCCAUCGAUUAGGUGGCCAGAAUAUCACCCAUCGCCGACCUUGCCACCAUAUCAACCACCAUACCUGCCACCGAAUGAGUUGCUACCAACUUGUACUGGAGACCAGCCAAGUGGACCGUGUGGGUCGGAAAUUCCUGAGAAAACAAUUGUCAUCACUAUCGACAAGUCUGAGCUGUUAACCAUGGCCAAGGAAUUGCUUCAAGCCUUAAAAAGAAAGGGAUCGUCCGAUAGGGAUAGUGCAAAAUACACCCGGUUACAGGGCCAGCUCGAAGCCGUGAUUCCUCAGGCAGUCAACGAUGGAGUCCAAGAGUCGAGAAUUGACCCCGACGACUUGGUCGAAAGACUCAACGCUCAUUGCGGCCCACUUGGGUGUAUAUCCAAGUGCGAAGUAGACGGGAAGUGCAUUCUCGUAAAACGAAUCGGUGGUGACUAUUACGGCCAAUAGUCGUUUUAGAACGCGCUCUAACCAGCACAUGCUGGUAUGUCGUAUGCGAUGGAUAUCGGUAGUCCUUUAGCGAUCAAAGAUUAAAGGAGAAUCCCUGAAAAA